AUGAGUGCCCCUGUUAAAGAACUGUCUAUUCCUUCAUUAUGGAAAGGCAGGGGCUCAAGUCACGGUUGUGUGUCGUUCAAACUAUUCGCUAAUGCAAGAGCAUGGGAUAGACAUUUGCUCCGAAAAACUAAACCCGGGGGUGAACUAUUUGGGUUGGCGACCCCAUCGAAUGUGGACAGCGCCGCCAGUGCUGAAGAUAGAUAUGACUAUAUUGUUUGCACCUUCAAAUGUCUGCCCGACGUUGUAACGACACCGAAGCUGCUCGGCCCCCUACUCGCGCGAAGCCGUAAUUUUGUACUCAUUCAGAACGGGAUCGGCAUCGAGUUGGACUUGCAGGCUGCGGUACCGAGCGGGAUAGUAAUGAGCGGGUGCGCAUGGAUUGAUGCGACUGUGAUCGACCACGGCCGGACACUUAAACACGGCCCAAUUGAAAAAUUAGUUGUCGGUGUUCAUCCCCCUCUGGGAGCGCCAUCCGGAACACCGCAUUCUACCGAGGCACACACCGCGUUGACGACAUUUGUAGACUUGCUCAAAGCUGGAGGUGGGACACCCGAACAGGUGGUAGACAUCCAAGCUGCGCGCUGGAAGAAAAUUAUAUGGAAUGCGGGGUUUUCAACAUUCGCGACUCUCGCUAACGCCACACUACCAGACAUUUGCCACGAACCAGCCAGAUCCUACACUAUGCCAAUCGUUCGUGGAUUCAUGGAGGAGGUCGUUAGUGUGGCACGAGGUCUCGGUUUGGAUGAGUCAGUUUUGCCUGUGGCAAGCAUUGAUGAAGCGAUCGAUUUGACCUUGAGUGAAUACGGGGUGACAGGGCCUGCGUACAAGGCUUCUAUGUUGGUUGAUUUCCUCGCUGAGAGGCCCAUGGAAAUCGAAGUGAUUAUUGGAGGUAUACUGCGCUACGCAGUUGCCAAACAAGUGCCGGCACCGAGGUUUGCUAUUCCCGCAUUUAUCCAGCGACCUAUGUUUCAUCUAAAUUUUGCCUUUAGACUCAGCACAGCUUAUGCCUUACUCAAAGUGCACCAAACAAGAUUUAUUCAGAAGAGUAAGAGCCGGGCGUAG